UAGAUGAUUUCCUCUUGAGUCAAACUUAAUGGAAAACUCAUCGGAAAACCUCUCCUACCCUCCGAUCUUCCGCCCCUCAGACGUCCACCACCGCGGCGUCGAAACCCAUGGGCUGAUGGGUCCGGAGGCAUCUGGCCCAAAUCAUGAUAUCCCCGCGAUUGAUCUGGAAAACCUAAUCGACCAGGAGAAUCUCGAAGAGGCUUGUAGAAAUUGGGGAAUUUUCCGAGCAAUAAAUCAUGGGAUUCCGGAGACCUUGUUUGGACAGCUCCUGGAGCAUGCCAAGAAAGUGUUCUUGCUUGACUUUGAAACCAAACGGGACUUAUUCAAAUCUCCGGUGACCUACUUUUGGGGCUCGCCGGCGCUUACGCAGGAAGGGGAGACCAUAAAUGAAGGAAACAUAGACUGGGUCGAAGGUUUCAACUUUCCUCUGUCUCAACUAUUUCACCUGCCGAUUGAACAAGAUCCAAACAUAAGAACUUUCAGGGUGUUGUUAGAAGAAUAUGGGAUGCACCAAUCCAGAUUAGCUAAGACAAUUUUCCAAGCCAUGGCUAAGAACCUUAACUUGAGUCCAAUGCAAGUAAAUGAUUACUUGUCUUUGAAAACCGGAUUCAUAAGAGUGUACAGAUAUCCACAAUACUAUUCAGACUCUAGCAAGAUAUGGGGAAUGAAUCCUCACACCGAUAGCUCGGUUCUGUCAAUAAUUGGACACGAUGAUGUUGGUGGUCUUCAAAUCAAGAAGGAUCAUAGUUGGCUCGAUGUAAAAUCAAAGUGUGAAUCUUUGGUGGUUAAUGUUGGAGACAUGAUGCAAGCUAUGAGUAAUGACAAGUACAAAAGCGUGAGGCAUGGAGUAAGGGUAAAUAAUAAGAAAGAAAGGAUAUCAAUAGGGUAUUUUGUGUUCCCAGCUGAAGAAUGUGUGAUCAAGAGUGACAUAUACAGACCUUUUACUUACUCUGAUUUUCAUAAACAAGUCCAAGAAGACUUGCUUACUAAAGGCUUCAAAGUCGGCCUACAAAAUUUUUUGCUCACCAAAGCGCCAUGAUGAAAAGAAUAAUAUGUCUGAUCUCGACGUUGUAGCUUUCUUUUGGUUUAAGUUAUGCUUGUAAAUUGGAGUUGUUUCAUGGGUAUAGAAAAUAAUAGCAGUUGACAUGGAAAGAUUAUAGAGUGACUAAUAUAAGAGAGUAAAGAUGUCUAAUUUCUUCAUC